UCUGUUGGUCGUUCCCAACUUCCCACCAGCCUGUGUGGCUUCUGAAACAAUAACUCCUUAUGAAAUAUAAAUAUAGAUUUAAAUACAGUAGAGCGAGAAUGCGAUUUGGCUGCUUUUUUAUGGCUUCAAUUAUUGUCUAAUUUUAUGUCGGGGGGCUCUGCCGGCCGCACUCGCACGCGGGGCCCGCGCCGGGCUGAUGGCGGCGUGAUUAAUUGUGAUAUAAAAUAGUCCGCUGAAGAAGUGUGUGUCUGGUGGUGGCGGCGCGAAGGGGAGGGAGUCCAGACGCAAGGCCAGAUUUGAUCUUUUAAUCUUCGUUGGCCACAAUUAAAACAAACCCGAUCGUUGAGCGCUGCGAUCUCUUUGCAUAAAAACAUAUGGCUUUUGCUAUAAAAAUUAUGACUGCAAAACACCGGGCCAUUAAUAGCGUGCGGAGUGAUUUACGCGUUAUUGUUCUGCUGGGCGGCCACGUGACGCGCGUGGCCAAUGGGGGCGCGGGCGCCGGCAACUUAUUAGGUGACUGUACUUCCCUCCCCGGUGCCACCAAGUUGUUACAUGAAAUCUGCAGUUUCAUAAUUUCCACGGGUCAGGCCGGCCGGCAGGGCGCGGGGUGCGGCGAUGGCCACCACGGGGGCCCUGGGCAACUACUAUGUGGACUCCUUCCUGCUGGGCGCUGACGCCUCGGACGAGCUAGGUGCGGGGCGCUAUGCUCCGGGCCCCGACUUCAGCCCAUGCAGCUUCCAGUCCAAGGCGGCGGUAUUCGGCGCCUCCUGGAACCCGGUGCACGCUGCGGGCGCCAACACGGUGCCCGCGGUCUAUCACCAUCAUCACCACCACCCCUAUGUGCACCCCCAGGCGCCCGUGACGGCGGCGGCGCCGGAUGGCAGGUACAUGCGCUCCUGGCUGGAGCCCACGCCUGGUGCGCUCUCCUUCGCGGGCUUGCCCUCCAGCCGGCCUUACGGCAUUAAACCUGAACCGCUGUCGGCCAGAAGGGGUGACUGUCCCACGCUUGACACUCACACUUUGUCCCUGACUGACUAUGCUUGUGGUUCUCCUCCAGUUGAUAGAGAAAAACAGCCCAGCGAAGGCGCCUUCUCCGAAAACAAUGCUGAGAAUGAGAGCAGCGGAGACAAGCCCCCCAUCGAUCCCAGCAACCCGGCUGCCAACUGGCUCCACGCUCGCUCCACGCGGAAGAAGCGCUGCCCCUAUACUAAACAUCAAACGCUGGAACUGGAGAAAGAGUUUCUGUUCAACAUGUACCUCACCAGGGACCGCAGGUACGAGGUGGCCCGACUGCUCAACUUGACUGAAAGGCAGGUCAAGAUCUGGUUCCAGAACCGCAGGAUGAAAAUGAAGAAAAUCAACAAGGACCGAGCAAAAGACGAGUGAUGCUACUUGAGUUCAUUUCGGAAAGCAGAUGGAACGAGAGGGCAAGAGAAAGGACUGCCUGUCCCCUUCUCCCACCCCCAUACCACCCAAGCCUCCAGCACCCCCGCACAAAGCGGCCAAACUCCAGGCCUCAUCUCUCCCCCUGGCAAACCUUUCUCAGGCUGGCUCCUUGGCCUGCCGCUUUCAUGGAGGAGGUAUUGUAAGCUUUCCAUUUUCUGAUAAGACAAACAAAUAAAUAAAUAAAAAGAAGAAGGGGGCAUUAGCGCUGAUGGCUGUGUGCACGCUACCUUGUAUAUAUUUUAUAAAAUCUACCUGUUCCUGACUUAAAACAAACAAACAAACAAAAAAAAAAACAACUACCUUUUUAUAAUGCACAACUGUUGACUGCGGGCUGUAUAGAUUUUAGUCUGUGUAGUUAAUUUAAUUUUCUCUUUGUUCGGCAGAGCGAUCUGCCCGAUACUUGAACACUGUGUUUUAUUGUGGUAAUUAUGUUUUUGUGACUCAAACUUCUGUGCUGGGUGACGCACCCGUUGUGAUUGUGAAAGAUAGAAUUCAAUUUGAACUCAGGUUGUUUAUGAGGGGGAGACAAUUGCAUAGAGUAUAGCUCUGUAGUGGAAUACGUCUUCUGUAUAACUAGGCUGUUAGCCUUUGAUUGUAAAUUAGCUGUAAGGAUUUCUCAGUGAAAUAAUUUUUUUUUAAAGAAAGGGUUCUCUGGGAUGCAUAGAUUCAUGGUUUUCUCCACUUUUGAAAUCCAGGCAUUUUAGUUUCUACAUGCUCUAUAGACCUGUCUGGUCCAGUGUAUAUAAUCCACAUAUGAAAGAAAAAGCAAUCAGACCAGCUUGAGUACUGUGUUUGCACCAGACAAACAGGGAGGAAAUUCGGAGCUAUAUGUAUGUGCAGAAGGUGACUACCUAUGGUUUAUGUUUAAUUUUAACUGGGGGAAAGUGAUACUGUAAUGGAGCUAAUUUUAUUGAUAAUAAAUUAUGCAUUGUGAAACUGCCAGUGGGCUACGGGAGAUUUGUAUUCUUGACGAAUCUGGGGUUUCCGUUGGGGGCUGAACAUACACUGUAUAUUUUGCAAUAGUUACCUCGAGGCCUACUGACCAAAUUGUUGUGUUGAGAUAUUUAACUUUUUGCCAAAUAAAAUAUAUUGAUUAUUUUAUUUUA